ACUGGGGGGGGCCCUUAAUUGUCAUUUAUUUUCUAUAGUUGCAUAAAGAACAACAAUUUCGACAACAAUCGUUUUCAGACUGAACGUGUAAAAUAUUGUCGCUUGAUAUACGUGAAAUAAUGCUUUUUUAUCAUGUGUUUAGUAAUUCUCUACAAUUUAGAUUUACUCGUGCCAGUUGUAGUUGUGGAUAUGGCUUAGUCGAUUAUUGUUAAAAAUAUGAAAUAAAACUACAAUAUCGAAUGAUUUAUUGAUGUCUGUCAAUCUUCUUGAUUCGUCAAUUGGUGACUACGUUGAGUUUAGCAAUGAUAUUGGACCAGAUGCCACGACAGACCUAAAACUAGCUCACAAAUAUGGCUUUAAUGUAGAACAAGAAUUAAUUGAUGAAUUACCAAAUUGA